CAGGCGGAGGUGGAGGUGGAGGCCGGCGGAUCCUUUAGCAGUUGGAACCCACGGUUUCGACCCAUUAGAACUCCAAUAAUAACUAUCCCUCACCACACCACACCAAACUGCUAGGGAGGUGGAGCCCAAACCAAGUGAAUUUGUUAGUAGUGUUGGCCCAUUAGCACCCAAGGGAAGCCCAAAGUAAAAUCCAAACUGUUAAAGUUAUUUCAGCCCAAACCAUUUGCAGGGUUACUGUCGGGCGUCUCCCAACCGGGAGACGACUGUCCCCCUAGUCGCCUCCGCGUCUGCGGUGACCAGUUGACCACAUCCAACCAUUCCACACCACUUCCAGGAAACUUCGUUUCUCCGGAUCAGCCUCCGCAUCUUUCCCUCGCCCUUCUGUUCUUCCGCGCCAGUUUCUCCAUGCACCAGAUCGCCGUCCAGGACUCCCAGAAUGCUCCAAAGAUCGAUUGGAAGGAAGCCCAUCAGGUCGAAGUAUUUACUUUUAAGGAGCUCGUAAAGGCCACCAACAACUUUGCUCCUGACAAAAAGAUCGGUGAAGGCGCGUUCGGCUCGGUGUACAUGGGAUGGCUUCCUGACGGUCGAGAGGUAGCCAUCAAGCGGAGAGAGCACGGCUCAAUUCAAGGGAUAGAAGAGUUCCAGGCAGAGGUGACCAUCCUCCACUCAGUUAGCCACAAGCAUAUCGUCCGUCUCUUUGGAUCCUGUGUCCCGCAGGAGAAGCGCCAGCUUCUUCCGAAGUUCUGGAAAAAGCAGAACGAGAAGCAGGGAGAUCUGUUGGUCGUCUAUGAGUUUCUUGAGAACCGCUCGCUCGACAUCCACCUGCACGGCCAGCCAUCGCCGUCGCCGGUGACGGCGUCCUGGAAGAUGCGCAUCGAGAUACUGCUUGGCGUGUCCCGGGCCAUCGAGUACCUGCAAUCUUACGCCGAGCUGCCGGUGAUCCACCGCGACGUCAAGUUGUCCAAUAUCCUUCUCGAUGCGAGCUGGGCGCCGCGCUUGACGGACUUCGGUUUGGCACUCACAUGGGAAGGCCCGGACCAUACGGAGACUGUCUGCGGCACCUAUGGAUACAUAGCCCCGGAGUACGCUCUUAGAGGCGAUCUGAACCUGACGAGCGACGUCUACAGUUUUGGUGUUGUGAUGCUGGAGGUAUUGACGGGGAAGACAUCAAGACAUUUGUUAGAAGAAGAAAGGGAGAAGGAGAUACGCGCCUAUGAGGAAGAGAAGAAGAGAGAAGUACGGGAGUUGGAGGAGGAGAGAGAAGAGUGGGAGGAAGAGCAGCAGAAGAGAGACGAAUGGAAGGAAACAGAGGAGGGAGACGAGUGUGAGGAAGAGGACACGACAGAAGAACGGGAUGAGGAGACUGAGGAGAGGGCAAAGCAGGACAACUUUGCUCGCUACAACAGCUACACCUUGGUGGAGUUGGCCGUGCCACUGAUUGAGGCGGGUGAGCUGUGGAAGGUGCUGGACAGGCGCCCGGCAGUGAAGCCAACGCCGAGACAGCUGGAGGCGGCGGAACUGGUGGCGCAGGAGGCAGUGCGCUGCGUGCGGCUGCAGUGGGAGGCCCGGCCGUCCAUUUCGGAAGUCGUGGCCACCCUCGAGACGGCGCUAGAGCUGGCCCGUUGCGAUGGCUAGUCUGGUUCGGGAGUCGGUGAAUGUAUCUCUCAUGUAGAAUGAUCCAUCAUGAUUAACGCUGUUGCUUUGUUCCCUCCUGCGCGCUUACACAAUUAGGCAUAUCAAUGUAUCAUGGUGAGAUGGUGAUGAAAAUUGAAACUUUAAUGGUAGCUUGACAUUUGUAUUCUUUGAAAUAGCAUGUACAACAAAGCAUAGUUCCUAUA